AUGCCCUUACCCAGGCGACCCGCCCUCGCCCCUCUCCUCCUCGCCUUGCUAUGUCUGCGGGGAAAGGUGACUCGAGCGUCCGGACACUUCGAACUGGAGAUCUUAUCCAUGCAAAACGUCAAUGGCGAAUUGCAAAAUGGGAAUUGUUGCGAUGGCCCCCGAAACCCAGGAGAUAGGAAGUGCACGAAAGACGAGUGUGAUACGUAUUUUAAAGUUUGCCUGAAGGAGUAUCAAUCCCGGGUCUCUGCUGGCGGCCCUUGCAGCUUCGGCUCCGGAUCUACGCCUGUCAUCGGAGGGAAUACCUUUAAUUUAAAAUACAACCGGAAUAACGAAAGGAACCGGAUUGUUCUCCCGUUCAGCUUUGCCUGGCCGCGAUCCUAUACGUUGCUUGUUGAGGCAUGGGAUUACAGCAAUGACACUGCUAAUCCUGAUAGCCUUAUCGAAAAGGCAUCGCACUCUGGUAUGAUCAAUCCGAGCCGUCAGUGGCAGACUCUGAAACAAAACGCAGGCAUUGCCCAUUUUGAGUACCAGAUCCGCGUGACUUGUGAUGAGCAUUACUAUGGCUUUGGCUGCAACAAGUUUUGUCGACCGAGAGACGACUUCUUCGGCCACCAUACCUGUGAUCAGAACGGCAACAAGACUUGUCUGGAAGGCUGGAUGGGGCCAGAAUGCAGCAAAGCUAUUUGCCGUCAGGGUUGUAGUCCCAAGCAUGGCUCUUGCAAAAGUCCAGGAGAAUGCAGGUGUCAGUACGGAUGGCAAGGCCAGUACUGUGAUAAGUGCAUUCCGCACCCAGGAUGUGUCCAUGGCACUUGCAUUGAACCAUGGCAAUGCCUCUGUGAAACCAACUGGGGUGGUCAGCUCUGCGAUAAAGAUCUUAACUACUGUGGGACUCACCCGCCUUGUUUGAAUGGUGGUACCUGCAGCAACACCGGGCCUGACAAAUACCAGUGUUCCUGUCCCGAGGGCUACUCAGGACAGAACUGUGAAAUCGCGGAACACGCCUGCCUUUCUGAUCCUUGUCACAAUGGAGGAAGCUGCUUAGAAACCUCUACCGGAUUUGAGUGUGUGUGCAUGCCUGGCUGGGCUGGACCAACGUGCACUCUUAAUAUUGAUGAUUGUUCUCCGAAUCCCUGUGGUCAUGGAGGCACCUGCCAGGAUCUCGUUGAUGGGUUCAAGUGUAUUUGCCCACCUCAGUGGACUGGGAAAACGUGCCAGCUAGAUGCGAAUGAAUGUGAAGGCAAACCUUGUGUCAAUGCCAACUCCUGCAGGAACCUGAUUGGCAGCUACUAUUGUGACUGCAUUGCUGGCUGGUCUGGCCAGAAUUGUGAUAUAAAUAUUAAUGACUGUCUUGGACAAUGUCAGAAUGGAGGAUCCUGCCGGGACUUGGUUAAUGGUUAUCGAUGUAUCUGUCCGCCUGGCUACGCAGGAGAUCACUGUGAGAAAGACAUCAAUGAAUGUGCAAGCAACCCUUGCUUGAAUGGGGGUCACUGUCAGGAUGAAAUCAAUGGAUUCCAGUGUCUGUGUCCUGCUGGUUUCUCAGGAAACUUCUGUCAGUUGGACAUAGAUUAUUGUGAGCCCAACCCUUGCCAGAACGGUGCCCAGUGCUUCAAUCUUAACACAGAUUACUUCUGUAAUUGUCCUGAAGAUUACGAGGGAAAGAACUGCUCCCACCUGAAAGAUCACUGUCGCACUACUCCUUGUGAAGUAAUUGACAGCUGUACAGUAGCUGUGGCUUCUAACAGCACGCCCGAAGGAGUUCGUUAUAUUUCUUCAAAUGUCUGCGGUCCCCAUGGGAAAUGCAAGAGCCAAGCAGGUGGAAAAUUCACCUGUGAAUGCAACAAAGGCUUCACCGGGACCUACUGCCAUGAAAAUAUCAAUGACUGUGAAAGCAAUCCAUGUAAAAAUGGUGGCACUUGCAUUGACGGCAUCAACUCCUACAAAUGUAUUUGUAGUGAUGGAUGGGAAGGAAUUUAUUGUGAAACAAAUAUUAAUGACUGCAGUAAAAACCCUUGCCACAAUGGGGGGACGUGCCGAGAUUUGGUCAAUGACUUCUUCUGUGAAUGUAAAAACGGCUGGAAAGGAAAAACUUGCCACUCCCGUGAUAGCCAGUGCGAUGAGGCUACAUGCAAUAAUGGAGGAACGUGCUAUGACGAGGGGGACACUUUCAAGUGCAUGUGUCCUGCGGGAUGGGAAGGAGCCACUUGUAAUAUAGCGAGAAACAGCAGCUGCUUGCCAAAUCCCUGUCAUAAUGGUGGUACCUGUGUCGUCAGUGGGGAUUCUUUUACUUGUGUCUGCAAAGAGGGCUGGGAAGGACCUACUUGCACUCAGAAUACAAAUGAUUGCAGUCCUCACCCUUGUUACAACAGUGGAACUUGUGUUGAUGGGGACAACUGGUACCGCUGUGAAUGUGCUCCAGGCUUUGCUGGUCCAGACUGCAGGAUAAAUAUCAACGAAUGCCAGUCGUCACCCUGUGCCUUUGGAGCUACGUGCGUGGAUGAAAUUAAUGGGUACCGUUGCAUUUGCCCACCUGGUCGCAGUGGCCCAAGAUGCCAAGAAGUUACAGGAAGGCCUUGUAUUAACAAUGGGCGAGUGAUGUCUGAUGGAGCUAAAUGGGAUGAUGAUUGCAAUACCUGUCAGUGUUGGAAUGGAAAGGUCGCAUGCUCUAAGGUUUGGUGUGGUCCUAGACCUUGCCUGAUGCAUGCCAAAGGUCAUGAGUGCCCAGCUGGCCACACCUGUGUCCCUAUUAAGGAUGACCACUGCUUUACACAUCCCUGUUCUGGAGUGGGUGUAUGCUGGCCUUCAAAUCAACAACCGAUAAAGACCAAAUGCAAUUCGGACUCUUACUAUCAGGACAAUUGUGCCAACAUCACUUUUACCUUCAACAAAGAGCUGAUGGUCUCAGGUCUUACCACUGAGCACAUUUGCAGUGACUUGAGGAAUCUGAAUAUUUUGAAGAAUGUUUCUGUUGAAUAUUCUAUCUACAUUACCUGUGAGCCUUCACACUUAGCACACAAUGAAAUCCAUGUUGCUAUUUCUGCUGAAGAUAUAGGAAAGGAUGAAAACCCCGUCAAAGAAAUCACAGAUAAAAUUAUUGACCUGGUUAGUAAGCGUGACGGAAACAACACACUAAUUGCUGCCGUUGCAGAAGUCCGGGUACAGCGGCGACCAAUUAAAAAUAAAACAGAUUUCUUGGUGCCAUUAUUGAGCUCCGUUUUAACAGUGGCUUGGAUCUGUUGCCUGGUAACUGCCUUCUUCUGGUGCAUUCGGAAACGCAGAAAGCAGAGCAGCCACACUCGUACAGCGUCCGACGACAACACUACAAACAACGUGCGGGAGCAGCUGAAUCAGAUCAAGAACCCCAUUGAGAAACCUGGCGCAAACACCGUCCCCAUCAAAGACUAUGAAAACAAGAACUCCAAAAUCGCCAAAAUAAGGACACACAACUCGGAAGUGGAGGAAGACGACAUGGACAAGCACCAGCAGAAGAGCCGCUUUGUCAAACAGCCAGCGUAUACACUGGUAGACAGAGAUGAAAAGCCCCCCAAUAGCACUCCGACAAAACACCCGAACUGGACAAACAAACAAGACAACAGAGACUUGGAAAGUGCACAAAGUUUAAAUCGGAUGGAGUACAUUGUAUAG